AUGGAUAUUCCUAUGGGUGGGCCUCGUUAUACAUGGAGCGAUAAAUGGGGAUCUAAGCUCUCUAAACUUGAUCGUUUUUUGGUCUCUGAUGCUAUUAUGCUGCAUUUUCUUCACAUUAUGGGAUUGGUUCUAGAUAAAAAUAUCCUUGAUCAUCAUCCUAUUGUAUUACUAGAGCAUCAGGUGGAUUACAGUCCAUCUCCUUUUCGUAUUUUUCAUUCUUGGUUUGAUCAGGACGGUUUUGAUGAAGUUGUCCAUAAUUCUUGGACCUCCAAUGUUGUUGGAAACUUGAAUGAUAAUCCUUGGGUUAUUUUUAAGAAGAAGCUCCAAUUUCUUAAAUCUAAUCUAAGAUUAUGGAAUUCUAAUGCUCGUGAAUGUUUCAUUAGUAAAAGGAAAACUCUUCAAGAUGAAGUUGAAGAGAUUGAUGCUUCUCUUAUGCUUGAUGGGGGUAGUGCUGAUCUUCGUGAACAAAGGGUUUCGGCUAUUAAAGAAUUGACUGACUUGGAUCAUCUUUCUGGAGUCGAGUUGGCGUAG